CAUGUGUUAGCACUUGCCACUUCAUUUGCCAAAUGGACCCCAAAAUCUUUUGAUAUUAAAAUCAUAACAUGUAAAUUAUUUAAAAAAAUGAAAUAAAACGAAAUUAAUAAAAAAAAAACCAAAAUGUUUUCUAAAUUAUUUACGUCGAGAUUGUUUAUAAAUCAUAUAAAAUUAGUAGACACGAGAACGCUUUUGAGUUGUCCAAGGGUUUACAAUAGACUUACGAAUUGUGGUUACAGCACUUGCCCUGAUGGUAUGAAAGUGACUAUUUGUGGAGCUGCUGGGUGCACAGGUCAACCUCUAGCGCUGCUGUUGAAGCAAUGCCCGUUACUAGACGAGAUAGCUCUGUAUGACAUUUGCGCCACCUGCGGCCAAGGCAUGGAACUAAGCCACGUUGACACCAAGUGUAAAGUGACUUCGUUUUCCGGCCGGCACAUGCUUUGCGAUGCUCUUAAGGGUGCAAGAGUGGUCAUAAUAGUCGCAAGGAACAGUUGCGAUACCUUCGAGAACAACGCUCCCAUCAUAACUGAAAUUACUCUACAGAUUUGCAACACCUGUCCUUCGGCCUUUACGAUAGUAGCAACUGAGCCCGUAGACAGUAUGGUCCCAAUAGUAAGCGAGAUACAGCGUCUGCGGGCUGUGUACAACCCUCGUAAGCUCCUAGGCUGUGUGGAGCUGAACUGUGUCCGUGCGAACACCGUCCUGGCGGACUUCCUGCAUGUGCCGCCGGAGUCUGUCCGCGUGCCAGUUAUUGGCGGCGCCACGCCUCAGACCAUGGUGCCCGUGCUCUCUGCCGCUGUACAUCCCUGCAAGCUAUCGCAAGAACAGACAGAGUGCGUUACAUCGUGCAUAAUGAGUGGCACGGAAGCAGUAUGCGAGGCCAAGGGUAGUGAGACCGCGACGCCCUGCCUGGCCGGCGCCUACGCCGUGGCGCGUACCGCCGUCAACGUGGUCAAGGGACUGCAGGGGAAGAAGGACGUGGUACAGUGCGCGUAUGUGGACAGCCUUGGCACUUGCGCUCCUAACUGUCAGUUCUUUGCGAGCGAGGUAGUUCUAGGCCCCGCUGGUAUAGAAAAAAACUUGGGCAUUCCAGAACUAUCAAAGUUUGAGUCUUGUCUUCUGUGCAACUGCUUGCCUUAUGUACGGAAUGAAAUUGCUCGCGCGAUAUAUCUGGUGUACACAAUGUGCCAGCAGUGCUGCUGCGCGACGUGCCUAGCGCACCCGGGCACGUGCUCCACGCCGCCCGUCGUGCCGUGCGCGCCGCCCGUCAACUGGACGUGCGACUACCCCGAACCUUGCCGCGAUGAGUACCUCGCCUCGAUAUGCCGUGAAAUGACCUGCACGUGCGGUUCCACGGAGCUGUGCUGGCGGCCGCGAGACCGAGAGUUCGACGCCGCGCGGGCUCUGAACUUGAAACAUCAAAUGCCGCUAAAGGGACCCGCCUGCAACGUGUGCAAUGUGCCCAAAAGCGUCCGAAUCGACAAGAUUUAUAGGGAUCGGGUGAAGAAAUCUUGAAACUAUACCUAGCUGAUUUAAUUUGAAGUUGUCCUAUGUCAACCACUAUUUUUGCAUGAGCUUCGGACGAGGUCGAGAUGGCAAUCGGGGUAUGAGGCGGGGGGCGCCAGCACACC